GUUAUGGUUGCUUGGCCAGGGUGACUACACAGUAUAUUUUUUUUCUACUUGAGCUUUUUAUAAUUAACCCUUUUAUUACAAUUUAUUGGUUGAAAGGUUUCUUACGUUUUGAAGACGUUACGCUGGGGGAAGUUGUGCUGGAGGGGGAAUCAAAACAAUCUGUAUUUAAAAAAACGUACGCACACUUCGCGGGAAAAUCGAGGAUUACUUUUGUGUGCGAGGUUAACCAAUGGGAUGAGAGGGAAUUCAAAUGGCGCUUCUUGAUUGGUCGAUGCGCUUCGACCUCUGGGUAAUCCGUGGUGACUGCGACCACUAAAUUCGAUCGACCAAUCGCGUUGCUCGAUUGAAAGCGAUCGACCAAUCACGUCGCUGUCGUGCCGCCGGCAGCCAAUUGGAUCGCUCGGCUCGUAUUUCGAAAAUACCUUUGUGUAAAAACACGAGGCAAGGCCUCUUGUUGUUUCGCAUCUCGUUCUAGUCGAAUCACGGCCUGCUGGAUAUCGGGGAUAUUGUGAGACCUUUGAGAAGUGCUUUUUCCGAAACUGUAGUCCUUAAUACACUGUACGUUUCAUGCGGCUGCAGUAAAAACAGGAAACAUGGAAAUCUCACCCAGAAAAUCUUCAAAGCGAAUGCUAGAACCAAUAGACGAGUGGUUACAAAAUGAAGGCUAUUUUAGAAAACACACACCCAGAGACCCCACGUGUCUAUUUCGAGCGAUCAGUGAACAAGUUUAUUCUAUUCAGCGUUAUCACAUUCGCGUUAGACAAGAAUGCGUCGAGUUUAUGAGAAAGAACAAGGACUAUUUUCAGGAGCAUGUGAACGUUCCAUUUGAUAACUACUUGGAACAAAUGUCUUAUGUCACUGAGUGGGGUGGAGAACUUGAAAUAAAAGCCAUAUCACUCCUUUAUAAAAAAGACAUUAUCGUGUUCCAUGGACAUGAGUUAACUCGACAGAAAGUGAGCGAUAAUAAUUUUGAAGAAUGCAUUUAUUUAUGCUUCACCCUGCCAAAACAGUAUGAAAGUAUUUACUCAAAGGAGUUUAUUUCCUCUGCUGCAUUUUGCCAAUCUGUCGUAUAUAGAGUAUUGUACAAGGAUGUUUUUAAGAUGCCUGAUAUAGAUGAUACUGUCCACAAAAUGCUGCAUGAUCGUUCCAGUACAUUUAAACAUGACAAAUUUUUCCAUAAAAAAAAUUUGGAAAUGAGAGAGCAAUUGACUGAGUUGGUUACCAAAAUGGAAGAUGAAUCAGAGGAAAUAUCAAGUACAAAUGCCUUGAUGAAAGGACUUACUCCUUUCCCUUACAGAAUUGCAAAAGCUUUAGAUCCUUGCAUUUACCGCAAUACAGAUUUUGACAUUUGGCACGAAACACGACGAGAAAUAAGAAAUUCAGGGCAGUCCAGAUAUAAUGGAUUGGAGCUUCAAGUAGGAGGCAGAUGCUUGGUUCUAAUGGACAUUAAGGUGGAUGAGUUGGAUAAUAUCAAUAAUAAUUCUAUGAUCAUCAGUGGUGAUAAAGAUACAGUUGGAAACGAUCAGAUAGCUGUCAUGAAAACGGGAAAACAAGAUAUGACAUUUAACGGGCAUAUACAAGAAAUGACAAAGAAUGAGGGUCCUGUAGUUGUUUUUAUAGAAGAACUUGGAGAGAAACGGACUGUGCCAUACGCUGCACUCAAACCAGUUUCAAUGCAAAAAAUUAAACAAUCAACUUGGGGACUUCCUCCAUCUAAGAAGAAUGUGUUUGUCGAAUCAAACCAAAAGUGGAGAAGGACUUGGGGAUCGAAUUGUCGAAAAAUAAAGCAUGCGGUGACUGCCUCUGAUGUGUUAAAUGAUGAUAUUGACAGAAACAACAAUAACAGUAAUAAUGGCAUUAUUUCUAAAAGCCGAAAUGGUAAUAACAAUCACAUUACAGGGACGAAUAAAAAUGAAAACGAAGAAAAUAUUCAGUGGGAGGAAGAGGUCAGGCAUUGUGAAGAUGGUCAACCUACAAUGCUAUUUGAAACUUAUACAAUGGAACAAUUUACUUCCUUCCAAGGAUUUUCAGUUAAUACUUCCGUUGACGUUUUACCUGUAACAGUGGUACUAGAUAAUACUCAACAAACUGUGAUGGAACAUCCUAUUCAAGAUUGUUCCGAAGGGACUGAAAAGAAUUCUGUUUCAUCGUCAGAAAAUCCUAGAGGUGAUAAUCUAACAAAGACAAUUGCAGUAAACUCUACAGCUGUGGUUGCUGUUGAAAAUAACGCUCAGUCAUCUCAGAUAUGCACUCAGCGAUCAUCAAACGAAAUCCAGUGCCCACCAACUUCUGGACCAAUGCAAUUUUUUUCAGGGAACGCAAACAUGUUCUACGUGUCUGCUGAUGGCAACUUAUCUCCGAUACAGUAUUUUGCUGGGAACUCUGUAGAAUCAACGGCUUUGGUCACUCAUAUUGAUCGUACUUUACGAUCCAUUAAUCUUUCUGCUCCAAAGAGUGUAGAUGCAACCGGUUCUGAUUUGCCCUUCUCAGAUACAAUCACUCUGAGAUUCUUUUACAACUUAGGGUGGGAGUACUUCCGUGCUAGUAAUAUGUGGACUUCAGUUGCUAAUGGUCAAGCUGUUACCUUUGGAUCGGGCAGUAUGGAACAAAUUGGUCCAUCACAGACAAGCAUGCCGAGUUCUGACCAAGAAGGAUUACCAACAAACGAAGAGGAAGUUUCUCGCUUGUCAAGUAACAUGCGACAAAAUUGCUCGAUAACUCGACGCAAAGGAGAUGGUUCAAAUAAUGGCGCUGGGCGUAAUUCUACAGGACACCGUUUACCAUUAAAGCCUGUCGGGCAACGCGCCGAGAAUGUUCAAGAUUAUUCAGCGAGAAGAAACGAAAUUCGCAAAGGCUCUUACGAAAACAAUAAAAAUUCGUACGUUGAUUGCGAUAGGAGCAAGGACCAAGCAUUCUCAAAUAGGGAAGUCAGGUUCGGAAGAAAUGGUAUAGCACCUCGCUUUAAAAAGAACUCCGACGGCCGCCAAAGAGGAAGAUUAAAUCAUCACACUCAACACCGUCAACUGCAACAAUCGAUUCGCUAUCAGCAGAAUACCGAAAACGUCGAAGCACCGCCUCAAAAUGCAAACCAGAAUGACGGGCAAAAACAGCGACUGAAUUCUAACAACAAUCAACCAGUUGGUCUAGCACUCGCAGGACAUUGUUCUCCCUUCCAAGGUCCUUGUGCGCAACAAGCGAUUUAUCCGCCAGUGCCUUAUUACUCAGGGGAAACUGAAUACCCGAAUUCGUUCUACGGACCCAAUCCUCCGACCUUCUUCCCGGUGUCAUACAUUCCGCAUGCGGAUAUAGGCGAUGGAAAUAACGGAGGGCAAUACCCAUCGCAAGUCUACGCCGGUACAGAGAAUUUCACUCCAUCGUUCGCGCCGCUGUGCCCACCUUAUAUGUAUACUCAACAGAACAUGUUCCCACCGCCGAAUGCCCAGGAAAAUUGGUAUCCUCCACCGGCACAAACUCAUUACGUGCAAUUCUCGCCAGUACCUGCACCUCUACCUGGACCGACACCGAACCCUUAAAGGCCCUUCGUCGUAUGUUAAAAUUUAACGUUGUCUGACAAAAUGCUCUCUUAGAUGUCUACUGUUCGAUCAGUGGGUGCGGAAUUACUUUUGCAUAUUCACGACACCUGACAUGUGCAAAUUGCAUUCUUUCUUAACAAUUGAUACAACACCUGUUAUUCUACGAAGGUAACUCGUACGUACGUCGAUGUACGUACGAAUUGAAACAUGAUAACUCAGUAAGUCAUACUUGUGAGAAAGACCCCUCGACUUCUUACGGAUAAAUUCUCAUGGUUUUCUAUAGUUAUAUAUAUGUUAUUGGUUUUAUAAUAGGUAUAUCAAUGAUUCCUUUCUAACGUGUUCAGCGGUUAUUUAGUUCCUAUUUACUGAAUUAUGGAUUAAUUUGUUAGUUUCAUAUAGACAUUUAAUAGUAAUAUAUUAUAUGGUUGUCCUGAUUCUUCAACAUUUCGGGUUCAUUAUGCAAUUAGAACGCAUUUAAGUACAUUAACAUCUUUAGUGGAAACUGGGUCGGUAAUGCGAAUGCAAAUGCUCAGAUGAGCAAUUCUAAGUAUUCGCCGGCGAUUACGAAUCUGUUAUCUGUCAGUGAAUGCAUCGUAUGCAAAUACUUAAUUAGUGCAUAGUCUACAUAGUUACUAAUGUAUAAAGCAUUAAUUAUUAGAACAUACUUUUGUACUUGAAAAGUUACUAAUGUAUUACGCGCUCUUUGCAGUCCACUUGGAAUUCUAAAGAAUUUAGUAGUUACGUUAUUUUUCUUCAAAACUUUAAUAAGUAAGCUGUUGAUGUUUAAAUUAAUCUUAUAUAAUCAGAAGGAAUUUUCUCUAAUUGCUUUUACGCAGUAAAUUAACAUCUAUACCUAUUGUCAGUAUUUUCAAGGCAUUGCUAUGCAGUAUAGCAGUAUAGCAAAUAUCAUUUCUUUCAACUUUUAUGUGAGUGACCAUUUAAUUUUUCUUUGUCACGAAUAAAGUUAUCAAUCGUUCAAAGUUCUUUGAACAUUGAAUAAUAACUUGAUACCAACCUGUCAUGGAUUGUGUAUGAUUCAAUCGUACACGACAAUUGCAUGACCGUAAAGCGCAUAUAUCUUUCUCUUUAUUGCGACUAUAGUGUUAUCGGUGAACAUCACAGAUGUAUCGCAAGAAGUUUUAGCAUACAGUUUCUCUCUGUUUGUAACACAAAGUUUGUAAGUUCUGAGAACAUUUAAAGAAUAACAAAUUGGCUUUCAUUAAUGGUAUUUUUAAUAUAAUAAUAAAUAUUU